AUGAAACGCCCCUCUUUCCAGACAAUUGUCAAGCAGCUCCGUUACCUCAAAGAAGCAGCAACUAGCCUCUGCAUGAACCCCAAGUCGUUUCCGCAGAGGGACCGGGUUUUCUCGCUGCAGCUGCAGCGAGGAGUUGGAGUUGGUCCUACAGUGCCCGAGGCUCUGAGACCCUUGAAGCAAAAACUGCCGCUGCCUCCCGCUGCAGUCACUCCAGCAGCAGCAGCAGCAGUGAAGCCAUCUAGGGAGCAGCCAGCAUCAGGUGAGCCCCGAAGAAAGCCUUUUAGAAAAGCUUUCGACGCGUUCUGCUUCCCGCAGGUUUGCGUUUCAACUGCAAGUGCAGCUGCUGCUGCUGCAGGUGGUUCUUCUCAAGAAAGUGAGGCCGCCUCUGGUACAGCUGGAGAACGCAGAGAUCCUGUGGUGGCUGCACCGCCUACGACACCGUGCGCGGUACACAUCAACCAGCCUAGCUGCGGCGAAGUCCAGCAGCAGCAGCUGCAGCAGCAAGUAACGCAUUUGGGACAGGAAACGGGUGCUGAGGGGAGGCCAAGCUCUCAAGGGACCCGGUCGUCUCUUCCAGCAAUUGUUGCUGAAGUUGCUGUCAGUGUGCCACCACAAUGUGAUAAGGAGACGACAAUGCUAACUGUUGCAGCUGCAGCUGCUGCUACUGCAUGUACCUCUGCAAUGAUGCCCCCAGCUCCAACGCAGGCAGGCCCUACAGCUCCCCCCCAUGGUGUUAGCACUGCAACGAAUGUUUUGGCAGCAGCAGCAGAUGCCGUGGCUGCGGCAGGCUCAGUAGCAGCUGCUGCAGCGGCAGCGGCAGCGGCAGCAGAGCCUGCUGUGUGCCCUGCUGGUCCUUGUUCGGUGUCAGCGCCUCCAACGGCAGGAGCAGGCGUUGGUGUUACCUCGUGGGUACCUGCAUCCUGCAAGAGCGAAGAAACAGCAGUUGCUGCUUGUGCUGCUUCGCCCAACCCGCGGCAGCAAUCCCGCAGCGCAGGCUCUCUGUCUCGUGAUGUAGCAGACCCACAGAGGGACUUGGCUUUGCAAGAGCAGCAGCUAAGACACGAGCUGGAGGUGCAGCAGCAGCAGCAACUGCAGCAACAGCAGCAGCAGCCCAACGGGCGCCUCAGGUUACCCCGUACGGUCACAGCCAUCAAAUGCGAGUCGCCUGGGGAGAGCCCGGGGACAGGGGAAGCAGCAGCAGCAUCUGCAGCAGCUGCAGCUGCUGGUGAGCAGGGAACAGCUGUAACGAUGCCUUCUUGCGCUGCUUUCCUAGCAGGCCCUGCAGCAGCAGCACCGAGCGGAGACAGUGUGCUACUAGCUUCUCCGUCGUGGCCCCGAAGCGAGCAGCAGCAGCGGCAGCAGAAGGCGAGGCGGCAGUCGCGAAAGAGCAGAAAAAAGCAGCAACUAAUGGGCGCCGAUGGAGAGUGCCGCUCACUGCUGCUGCAGCAGCUGCAGCAGCAGCGGCGGCUUCGCGGCUGCACGGCCAGCACGACCAGCACCAUGACGAACGGGGGCAGCACAAGCAGCAUCAGCAAGUGCGGCAGCAACCUCUGCAGUAGGAGCAGCAACGGUUGGAGCAGCUGCUGCAACAGCAACCACAGCAUCAAGUCCACUAUCUCUUUGUCGGCUAGCCGCUUACUUCUCUAUGCAGAUUUCCUUGGAGAGGCAGCAACUGCGGGAAGGAGUCCCAGCAGCCGCGCUUCAACACGCAGCGGCGCCUUUGCUGCUGCUGCUGCAGCGGCUGCGGCAGCAAGUGCGGGAAGAAGCUCUUGUGGAGGCAGCGGUUCCCCUUCGGCUGCGGCUGCAGCAGUAGCAGCAGCUGCUGUUGCAGCUAGCGGAGAUAGUGCCCAUGUGUUCCGUUCGGUUGCUGCAGCACCGUUGGGCAGAGUUGUGAGACGCACAGUGGCGCUUACGAGUCCCAGUGAGCAGCAGCAGCAGGUGCAGCAGCAGGCGCAGCAGCAGGCGCCGGAGCAGAUGCACCUGCUGCAGCCAUGCAAGGAUCGGCACCAGCUGUUGCUGGUGCAGGGACAACGACAAGUUGUCUCUUCACGCGCCUUAAUGCUCCCACUAGGGAAGAAGGCAGGCGAGGCGGCGUGCCGCAUAGCUGCUCCUUCCCAGAACUCUUUAGAUGCAGCAUCUGCUGCUGGUGCAGCCUCACGCAGGCAUUGGAACUUGCCGGCCCCACAGGCGCAGCAAGGCGCAAACUGUACAGGCAAAAGCUGUGUGGACACUCCGGCCUCAGGGCAGCGGCAGCAGCAGCAAGAGCAGCAGCAGGAGCCAACUGCUGCGCCGAAAACGCCUUUUGGCUUCGUUAGGUCUCUACUCAGCAACAUCAGCCUUGCAGAGAAGCUGGAGGGUGCUCUCCAGCAGCAACAAAGCGCAACAUCAGCAGCAGCACCACCACCACCAGUUUCAGCCGGGUCCUCGUUGCCUGCUGUGUCAGAGCAGCAGGACACAUACGAUGUGCAGGGCGACAGGACGCAUGUCCCCGUGACAGGCAUGCACUGCUCAGCUGCUCGAGCCGUACCAGCAACGGCAGCAGCAGCAGCAGGUGCUGCUGCUGCUAGCCAGUCUUGGCGGCCGUCCUCCACUUCACUAGAUACAAAAGCAGAGGAAGCCGCAGCAAAGGCAGCGGCAGCAGCGAGGGCAGCGGCACAAGCUGCUUCUGCUGCAGCAGCUGCUGGGUACGUGAAGCGCAACGUUGUCAUAGGAACAAGCCGCGUCCUCAUUCCUGCUGCUGCUGCAGAAGCACCCCGGAGGCAGCUGCCGGCACUGCUUUUGCAGCAGUCUCUGCCCCAAGUGGAGUCCUCACAGCUGCAUGCUGCAGAGGGGCUUGUUUCGACAGCAGCAGAGUCAGCAAGUGCAGCAGGGAAGGCAGCAGCAACAGUUACAGCUCAAACAUGUCUUCCUGGGGACCAGCAGCAGGUGCGCCAGCAGCAGCAGCACGUACAGCAACAGCAUGUGCAGCAAGAGCAACUGCAGCAAGUGCUGCUGCAGCAGAGCGCGACCCUGUCUAAGUUUCAAGCGUUUUUUUAA